AUUACCCCUGAAAACUGCGAGGUGUAUAGGCCCACCCUUAUAGCCCCCAAUGAUGGUCGCACGGCAUUACAAGCAGCGGCGGAGAACGCGCAUACGGACAUGGUGGAUUUAUUGCUUAAGGCUGGCGCGAAUAUCAACAUACCAGCGAUGCGGUAUAAAGGGCCGACGGCGUUGCAGGUUGCUGCAUCUGGAGAACACGAGCAUAUUAUGCAGAUGUUGCUGGAUAAUGGAGCAGAUUUUAAUGCUGCGGGGUCUUACUAUAACGGAUUGAUGGCUGUGUCUGCUACUGCCGCAUGCGAGUAUUUGCAUACAGUGAAGACAUCUCUGAUCUCUGGGAAUAAAAACUGGAGGCCUGUACAGAUUGCUGCUUUUCGGGACAUCCUGAAAUUUUUCGUCUUCUACGACAGGUUGAAAGGAACAAAAGUGGCUACUUUGGAUUUGUUUUUGUAUGUAACUCUCCCUCGAAGUAUUUCUAUCUAGUAUCUAUAAGUAAUUGUUGCGUGGAGAACCCAUAGACUACACCAUGUCACAGGCUAGGUAUCAUACCACGAUGCGAUUUCACCCAAUAAUUUACGUACCGCCAGGAUGCAAGACGAGGCAUAAUAUUAACAAUCUAAAUGAAUCAAUUGAAGGUUGGGGUUGCAUAUACAAUCUUGAUUUGCAUGAGUCAGAAUGCAACCUCGUAUUCGCUCAGUCAUCCACGGAUU